AUGGUUAUCGCUUCUCCCAUCGUGCAGACGAUUUCGACAACCUUCUUCGGAAGCACCACAGUCUCUUCACCUUCAACCACCUUUACCUCGACCUACUCCAUCCCUACAACCUUUACCGCCACCAUUACGCCCGAUCCAUUGCUGGUUGAAAUCGUCGACCCACACGCCGAUAAUAAGUCAUCCAUCGGUGAUCCCAUCACGCUCGCUAUACUGUCUCUUCUCGUUGCCACACUCUUAGGAGGACUUUUGUACUGGUGCCUCCGCAGGCACAGGAAGCAUGAGAAGCGCGACGCCGAAGCCCAGAAGCAACUACCCACAGACGACGAUGACACCGAAAAUGAACCCCCGGCCGUCUUGAACAAGACGGCGCAGCAACCAGAGCCUCGCCGCAGUACGAUGCCAGCCCAAGAUCCUACCAAUCCCGAGCAAAAUCCCACCCCAGCCCAAAAAGAUGUGGCACCGCCCGAGCCGAGUAUGCAGCCUCAAGAACCUGCUCCGCCAGCUCAACAACCCACGACUCAAGAUCCUGCAACUCGGCAAGGAACCAAAUCAAAUGACCUACCACCGAUUCAGGAAGCCGAUAAAGCAUUAUACCUGUCAAAGCUUGAUUGGUUCGUGGCGAUGGGUCUUGGGCUGGUGGUGUUUUUACCCGUUCUCUUUUGUGGUCCCCAGUCAGCAAUGACCUCUAUCCCUAACUUCCCGUAA